GUUCUCGAUCGCCCCACAACAGUCAGCUCGGAAGUGAUUGCACGAGUUUCUUUGCAGCAGCAAAUACCAAAAAAGCGUCCCCAAAACGUCCCCAGCAAUGGCCUCGUUCAAAGCAACCAUUCUCUUCGCCUUUGUCGCCCUGUUUGCGCUGGUUUCGGCCAUCCCCGCACCUCAGCAGCCGGUAGCAGCCCGACAGCAGAUCGAGCCGCGACCGGUGGCCGCAGCGCCGGACGCAGCCGACGAGCUCGAAGCUGGUGCGGACGACAAGGACCUGAAGGGCGCCUCCUCCUUCGGCUACGGAUACUAUGGUUACCCCGGCUACGGCUAUGGAUACUACCCGGGCUAUGCUUACUCCUACGGAUGGGGUUCACGCUACCCAUACUACCGCUACGGAGGCUACUGGUACUAGACCGUCGAUAGUGGCGGCCCUCUUCUCCCCCUGCUUCCGACUAUCGCCACCCGCAUCAUUUGUAACUGCAUCCAUUGAACUGCACCGGACCGGAUAUCUCUCGCCCUAGCCGGUUUCCUCCCAUCAUUCUCCGUGUUUCGGCGGUCGGCUUAGGUUGGCCAGGCCCGUUUCCCCUUCAAUGUUACUUCCCUUCGCGAAUCCAUCGUCGAAAAAUGUCUUCCUUAUCACAAACUUGACUCAACGUUAUUUAAGCAAUAAUGUACUGUUUGUUUUGUUUUUUUUUGCUUGUUACUGCCCAUUAUACCCAUUUGUUUUUUCUGCCCAUCUCAUUCUCGCUCGCGAAACGCGAUGUACAACCCGUGUCGGUCAUUUUGUUCAAUUGUGAUCUUACGCUGCCGUUGAGUGCAACAAGCCAAGCACAGACAAAACUUUGAAAGAACAAAUACCUUUUUUUACUUAAUGGAUAAAUCUGUUUUUUUCUAAUAAAAACGAGCAUAAAAUAGUGUAACAAA